GCAGCCUAGACUCGUCAAGAAGCAACCUUGCAACAGGAAAAGUGCAGUGAAAAUUACAAAAAUAGCUGUUUAAAACUAAAUUUGUUGUACAAAUAUUAUUCAUAAGUUAUAUUUAAGCCUUGAGAGGAUCAAGAAGAGAAAGCGUUAGCCAGAAGUCAAGAGUGCACACAAAACUCGCGAGGAGCCGUUGUCUGUGCGCCAGAGGUCAUCUUAAAAAUACAUUUUCGGGCGUGUGUGCCCCCCGAGCACGAUUUAACCCCCCGCCCAGAUUAGCCCAGACCAACGCAAGUAGCCCCAAAACCUUAAGGAAAAUUAAGACGGCAACCAGUAUCAACAUCCCGCCACAGAAUGAUUCUCGAGAACUCCGACAAGCUUAAGGAUUGGUUGAGCGUCGUCCUGGAGCCACUCUGCGAUGCAGACUCCUCGGCUUUGGCGCGCUAUGUCAUCGCGUUGCUCAAGAAGGACAAAUCGGAUAAGGACCUCAAGCGGAUCAUGAUCGAACAGCUGGAUGUCUUCCUGUCCGAGGAGACGACGCGCUUCGUAGAGCGCCUCUUCGAUGCCAUUGCCAGCGAGGAGUACCUGACGGUGCCAGCCGCCCCCCUGAUAGCGCCUUCCAGUGCCUCCGCCGCUGAGCUGGAUCUCGACCAGGAACUGGCCCUGGCCAUUGACGGGGCCCAGGACGAUAUCGAGGCCGUGCUGGCCGCCGAUUCCCCGCCGCCGGCGCCUAAAGAUAAUGUGAUACACCCAGAUAGCAAUCAGGUCAAGCUGGAUCAGGUCAGCCACGAUGCCAGGGAAGCCGAAGCGCUGGCCUUUAUCAGCCAGGAAGCCGGCAUUGCCUCGCACGCCUCUACAGAUGCCAAGCCAGCCUUUGAUCACAAAACCAAAGAGUCCCACAAUCCACAGUCCGCCUCCAACUACCAACACCACCAUGUGCGCAGUGCCAGUCCACCGGGCCGAAGCAGUGGCGUUAGUGGGACUGGUGGGGCCAGCGGAACAGGCUUGGCUUCGGGCCAUGCUGACAAGGAAAACCAGCCGCGCGAAAGUCGGCGGCGACGUGCUUCCCUGCGUUCCCGCUCGCGCUCCCGAUCGCGUUCCAACGAGCGCGCCUUUCGACGCUCCAGGUCCCGCGACCGGCGAGUUAACGAACGUGAGAAAACCCAACGCCAGUUCCGCAACAAAUCCCCUCCUGGCUCGCAGACCGAUAAUCGACAUCAUGGCCGUCGCAACUUUGAUCGCCGGCGCAUCGGUGGCAAUGUGGACGACCGUCCACGUUUUGGCAACAAUAAGAGCCGGCGCUCCCACAGCCGAUCCAUGUCGCCCGAGCGAAACGUGCGGCGCAACCAGACUUCUCCAGAGCGAGUCCAAGCAGCUCCUGCCAGUCAAGCACCCGCUCCAGUGGCAGCGCCCACGACAGUCGAGCAUCCGGCUGCCCAUCCUCGCCAGCGCUGUCGGGACUUCGACGAGAAGGGAUAUUGUGUCCGGGGCGAGACUUGCCCCUGGGACCAUGGCAUUAAUCCGGUAGUGUUUGAGGGAAUCAACAACUCGGCCCUCAUGAUGUCCAUGCGUGAGUACAAUCCAGAUGCGCCUGAAAUUUGGGCGCGAGGCGGAGGACCACCGCCAGGAGCUGGCCAGGGACCAGUGCCCCCACCGACGCAGCCGGGGCAGACCACCAUUAAUCCGUUUAGUGGAAAUGUGCGACCCAGCACGCUGAUAGGCAGUACUGGGCCCAAUCCGAUGGGCGUGCCCAAUCCCGCUGAUUAUGCCCGCAAUCCAGGUGCACCGCCGCAACCCGCCAUGAUGCCAUUCCCCUUCAAUCCCACUGCGGUGACCACGCCGCUGCAGCGUCAACUGAUACCCAUACCCGUGGUCGAUGGCGCUCCCUCGGGUGGCGUUGCCGAGAUUGGCAAACGACGAUUUGAGCUGGAAGAUACGGUGGCCAUUGCCGAUGUGCCCUCCAAGCGAAAGGUGCCGAUCAACAGUCGCCUUGGCCCCCGUGUUAAUCCCAACAUGCAGCAGCACAACAGUUCGUUGGAACUGAGAAAGGUUCCGCGCGGAUUGAACACCAUCGCACAUUUGAACAACCAUUUUGCGAAGUUCGGGAAGAUCGUCAACAUCCAGGUAUCGUACGAGGGCGAUCCAGAGGCAGCUAUUGUGACCUUCUCCACCCACGCAGAGGCGAAUGUGGCCUACAGGAGCACGGAAGCGGUGCUGAACAAUAGAUUCAUCAAGGUCUUUUGGCACAACGACAGCAGCGGUGCGGAUGUGGGGCAGAUGAACCAAAUGGGCGGCGGCGGUGGAGGCGGUGGUCGGAAGAACGCAAGCCAAUACCAUCUGCACAAUGUUCCCGCCGUCCCCACGCCCAAUGCAGAUAGUGCGAAAAUCAGCAACGCCAAUCCUCUGACCGAAGCUGGCGCGGGUAACAUUGGCACACCGGCGGCAGAACAGGCCAGCACAGCAGCUCCAGCCUCUAUGCGUCUCAAGCUAAACACGACGACGCCGGGUGGCGUUGCUGGAGGAGCAGCAGGUGCCGCUGGAGCUGCUGCGGGGAGACCCUUGAAUCCGGCUGCAAAUGCCGCAAGCCUGCGCAAAAAACAGGAGGAGCAGCAGAAGGCCGUUCACCAGUUGGCCAACGGACUGCGAAAGCGCAAAACGGAACUACUCCAGAGCUACAUGAAGCAGAUGAAGACUGCCCUGGAACUUGUGGAGCGCAUGGACCAACAGGAUGCCCAGAGGGGGCCCACCCUGCAGACAAUCAAGGUGCUGCAGAUGACAAUCGACAAGCUACGUAAGGAAAUCCAGGCUGAGCAAGAUCAGCUACAGGCCCAAAUCCAGCAACAACAGCAGCAACAGCAACCGCCCGUGAAGAAAACCAAGGAACAGCAGAAGAAGGAACUGCUGGACAUGGAGCUGGAGCUAAUCGCCCAGCAGCAGGAGGGCAAUGACACCACGGCCAUACAGAAGCGACUGGAGGAGCUGCAGCGGAACCUGGGCAUCGGCGGAGGCCCAGCGGCGAACAACAAGUCUCCCCACUUCGCAGCAGCUUCCGGUGCAGCCGGCGCUGGCGGAGGACGAAAGCGUCCGAAUCUGCCGGAGGGACCGACGCGUGUGGACAGGCGACCUAAAGCCAUUGUGGUUACCGGCUUUGCGGCCGAGGAGGCAGACUUUGUCCUGGGGCACUUCAAGAACUUCGGAGAGAUUUCCAAGCAUGAUGUAGACCGUGAGAUUCCACAGUUAAUACUCUCGUUUGCAACCCGCUUGAAUGCCGAACAAGCUGUGCUCCGGGGCAAAAUGUACAAAGACAAGCGACUGCAGAUUUCGUGGGCACCCGUGGUGACACCCGCACCCGCUCCUAUGGCAGCGCCGGUUGAGAAGUCCGCAGCACCAACUGCCAUGGCCGCCAGCUUAGAGAACCCCAAACAGUUGAUCCAGUCCGUCAGCGAGAGCGAGAGUCUGUUGGGCAGCGAUACGCUGCCGGAGCUGCGUCUGGAGGAUGAGGAAGAGGACGAGGAGUCCGAGGAUCGUUCCUGGCGUCGUUGAUGCACCGCCCUGCGCUGCUGAGGCGGCCGGCGAAGCUCCAAGUGGCUCACAAGUGUUAGGAAACCCUUAACAUGUAUUUGUUGUUAUUCUAUAUCUAACUGCGGAGUGUGUGGCAGUGCAGAGAAGAAAAAAAGAUCACAGUGACGCACUCGGCACACUAACUGCAUAAUUAAACGCUCUAAAUAUUACUAAUA